CCAUCGUUUGCUGCUAACCAAAGAUCACUGUAAGCCAAAGAUACCUUACACUGUGUGUCCUGGAAAGGCUUUGAAACCCGCGAACUUUCAAGUAAUUGUAAUGUGUAAUGGUGUACGUGUGUUGUCGAAGCGUUAGUUAAUUGCGAGCAGUUGUCAGAAAGCCAGAAACAUGUGAGAAAUAAGUAGGAAAUAGCGCAAUGGACCGUUAAUAGAACUAAUAGCAUAAUUCCCCAGUUUAACGCUUAUCAACUUUUUGGUAUAGAACGCUAAUGCUAUCGUCUGCUAGAAUGUUGAAGAAAUGGAAUUUUAUAUACGACCGCCGGGAGGAACAGUGGCCUUAUAUAAUAUGGAGAAAUGUGUUUCUCAGAGGUUUGAAGUUCUCAAACUUUUGAAUUAUAACAAGAGCACCGAUAAUGUGGCGUUUGACUGUUUAAUAGAAGGAACUGCGUUGGAUAAAGUAGGGCAUCAUACUUUACGGUUGAUGUCCUUGUCUUGUUUGGAGUUCAGAGAUUUCUUUAUAGAAGGUGAAACACGGUUUUUUCUAAAACGUAUAAAUACAAUCACUGAAAAUGAAAUUGUUGGAGCAAUCCGAAGAAUUAGAAAGCAUAUUGCAGAUGGUUUGAAAUUUUAUGCUAAAUCUCAGAAAAUGUUGGAAAUCCUUUCUGUAAUAGACAAUACUCUAACCCAGUUACAAACUGAUGCCCUGCUUCAUGCAUUCAGUACUAAUCACAGAGAGGACUGUAUGGAGUUUGCGGUCCACUUGCCUUUCACGGCGUGCCUGCAACUAGUACGAAAGAGGCUGGUGGAACUUUCUGAAGGUGUGGCCAGAGUGCCUUGUGGAGGAUGGCGUAGGCAGCUGCUGCCUACUCUCUUUGCAACACAGUUGAGGGCAGCUUGCAGUUCUGCAGCAGAACGUGGGUGCCUACAGUCUGUCCUCUCAGAUGAGCGACUAAAAGGAAUACUGCAGAAACUAAGUGCAUGGUUCCAGAAUCGCAGUGUUGGUCUGAAGCAAAAUAUCUUAGAAGCAAACAAUGUUGACGCCCAUGCACACCUGUUCCCUCCUUGUCAGAUGCACCUCUACAAGACACUCCGUGAGCGCCAUCGUCUUUCACAUGAACCUCGCCGUACAUUAAGCCUAUUUCUCAAAGACAUAGGCAUGCCUAUUGAACAUGCUGUUUCCUUUUGGAAGAGAGAAUAUUCGCAGAAAGCUACUGCUGCAUGCAGUUGCCAGCAUUCCUGGCAAAAAGACAUGCGGAAACUAGUGUAUAGUAUACGCCAUAUGUAUGGUUUAGAAGGCAGUCGUAUCAAUUACAGAGCACAGUCAUGUAAGAUUAUACAGGAUCACACUAUAACUGCCAGUGGUGAAGGUGGUUGUCCAUUUGUGCACUUUGAUCAUGAUCGUCUACGGUCUUGCCUUUCACAAAAAGUGACCUCAAAUCCUCAAGUGUUUGAAGAGAUCCUGUCUUUGUCAAGUGAAUUUCCUACAGUGGCCUGUAUUAAACAUUUGACAGUAUCUCAUCUAGGUAACAGUGUGCUCUCUCCACAUUUUUCAACUCCUGUACAGUACUAUGGCUGUGCUCUCAAGGCUUUGAAGUCCAAGGAUAACAUGAACAGUAUGCUGCAGUAACCAAGUAAUGCUGUGGAGACUGACAUUUGAAUUUCAAUGUAUUGUGGCUGUUUGCAAUAAAGAAGUAUCUAUUCCUUUCAGACA